CCACGUCCACACUGACCGCGAGAGAAGCGGGAGAGGGAGUUUGUCGUGAUAGGAAUGCACACGCAAAGUUUACUGUGAAUCCUGAUUUACUUUCACGGAAGAGGAACGCGUGCCACUAUCUCACCACCUCGAUUUCUUCUUUUCAAAGGUGUAUACCUCCCACCCCGCCCCACCACGGCCCUCACCUGUGUGUUGCGGUGCUUCCCUUGUGAGCCGACCUGGGCCGGCAGCCCCUUCUUGCACCGCCCGCCGACCCGGCCCAUGGUCACCAUGACGCGCUCCAAAACUUUCCAGGCGUACCUGCCCAGCUGCCACCGCACCUACAGCUGCAUCCACUGCAGAGCACACCUCGCCAACCAUGACGAGCUCAUCUCCAAGUCGUUUCAAGGAAGUCAGGGCAGAGCAUAUCUGUUCAACUCUGUGGUGAACGUGGGAUGUGGUCCUGCAGAGGAGAGGGUUCUGCUCACAGGCCUUCACGCAGUGGCAGACAUCUACUGCGAAAACUGCAAAACCACACUGGGGUGGAAAUAUGAACAUGCCUUUGAGAGCAGUCAGAAGUACAAGGAAGGCAAGUUCAUUAUCGAGCUCGCCCACAUGAUCAAGGACAACGGCUGGGACUGAGCGAGCGUCCUGGAGAGAGCAACGGGUGGAUGGUGAAUGUGUGGGUGAAUGACUGACUUUGGUUUGCCAUUACCCUCUUAAACCCUCUUCUACCCUCCAUCUCCUGCUGACACACACGCGCAUCGCCGGACCGAGUCUGGAGAGCGGGCCACCCCGGCGGGCUUUGUGUGUCUGGAGGAGAGCGCGCGCAUUUGUCUGUGUGUGUGUGUGUGUGUCCGGCCCGGCACAUGGGAGCACACUGAGAUACAUGAAUGCAUACACAAGGUGUACAGACAUACGUGUGUAAAAACAACAGCAUACCGCAUGUCACGCUCAUCUCAGCCUGAUGGUUUAUACUACAAGCGGCUCUAUUCAUACGCGUAUAUGACAUAAGGCAGGGCUCAGGGGGCGCGUUGUGCUUGGCAGGAUCAGGGUCACGAGUUCGCCGAGCUGAUGGGGCUUUCUCCACUUCGUGUCAGUGAGAAGCUACCAGGCUGACCUUUCUGAAUUCAGCUGAGGUUUGCACCAUCUGCGCCAGUGAGGAGGACUGGCAUGGAGAAAUCUCUGAAUGGGAGCUCUGACGGACCAACAAACAGGGCUUAAAGGAAUAGUUCACACAGAAAUGAAGAUUAAUGUCUUUGCAAGA